AAGAAAGGGGCGAUUACGACCUUGUAAAAUAGAAGGCGCGACCCGCUUCAUCAUCAGUCGUUCGCCACGAGCGCGGGAGUAAGGACGUGUGCGCGGACGUGGUUGUGUUUGUACAGACAGCGGGGUGCCGUGCACGCGAGUGUUGCCCGUGUUGUGUAGCGUGCUGCUCCUGCCUUCAUCUGCGUACGUUCUCCGCUCCACGAGACGCGCCGUGCCGUCCCGUGCCAGCCCACCUGUUGGACCCUCUUACCAGUUCUAUAAAGUGCGCGUAGCGUAGCUGCCGAUUCGAAUUCGUUCGAGUCGCACACGUUUCGCCCAGUGAGACCUAAAGCGAAGUUUGAUGUCGCAGUUGGUACCGUUAGGCCCACUGCUGCAGUUGGACCGAGACGACGACUACUACCUUGCCACCAUGUACUCCGAUUGGGCCAGAGACGACAGCAAAAAGAUGUUCGUGACGCUGGACGGCCUCAAUUCGGGCGUGCCCACUCGCACUACCCCGACGCUGACGCCCACCACGCUCCGGAACAUCGAGCAGACGUUCAUCGAGCUGCAGUGCGAGGUGGAAUCCCACCAGAACGAGGCGGGCUUCGUGCCCCCGGUCGUGCAGCCCAUUACCCAAGCUGGGAGCACAUGCAUGACUGUUGUUGACACAAAGGGGUGGCAAGGAGGGAUCACAUCUGUGGCUCAGUCACAGUCCCGGCCAUCUGUAGUGACAGCAGCUCCAACUAUUCCAACCACGGCUUCCACUACUCGCAGGAACAUGGGGGGAAGGCGACCUGCUAAGACAGUGGGGAUGUCACCAGAGGAAGAAGAAAGGAGGAGAAUUAGACGUGAACGCAAUAAGAUGGCAGCUGCACGUUGUAGGAAGAGACGUGUAGAUCACACAAAUGCGUUAUUGAUUGAAACUGAAGGGCUUGAGCAGAAGAAACAAGGUCUCCAACGAGAAAUUCAACAAUUACAGUUGGAGAAAGAAGAGCUUGAAUUCAUCCUUGAAGCUCACAAGCCAUGUUGCCGUCUGAAUGGAAAUACAGAUCCACCUUCUCCUCCUGACAUUAAGCCCUUUGCAUUUUCAUCGGGCUUAGAAAAGUUGGGCAUUCCUGUCAAGAGGGAAUCGCAGGACAUGGCAGCCGCUAGUGCUGCUGCUGCACCUCUAUCUGCUCCUCCACCAGCAAAGAAACUGAUGCUUGGAUCUGAUGCAACAAGUGGUGCAAAACCUCCACGACCCAACUCUCUCCCUGUGUCUGCUGCCUUCACCCCCUCCCAAAAUGCCCUCAAGGCUGCAGUAUCUGUUGCUGAGGUUGUUGGUAUCCCACUACAAACACCAACUUCAGGGUUACCAUUUAAUUUCGACUCUCUGAUGGAUGGUGGCACUGGUUUAACACCUGUGUCAGGCCCACUGGUACCCUCAUGCUCAAGCCAACAGCGCAGUUCGGGUUGUGUGGAUCUCUCAAGCCCAGAUUCUGUUCCGCCUAAGUUGGUAUCUUUGUGAUGGCGGGAGGAUUUGGACAAUGGGGAGGCCAGGAGGGAUGUGCAAAGAUAAUAGAAUAUUAUGUACAUAUUUUUGAGGAGAAAAUCGGUUUACAAAACUUUAGCUGUAACGUACAAUAAUAAAAUGAAACCAAAGUGGCCUGAAUUUAUCUGCCUUAAUUAAUGAAAAACUAUACUUCCCCUCUCAAGCUCCCAAGUAGGGCUUUGCUCAAUUGAUCCUCAUUGUGAAUUUAGUUUUCUGCCAAGAAAAUGCCUUUUUGCUAUUUUUCAAAAAUGCUUUUGGUUAUCAUUUCUUCAUACUUCAUAUUCCAUGUGCUUUGAUGACUUUAAGAUGCUAUGCAUAGGAUUCCCUCCAUGUAUUUUAUUAUAAAAGUAUUUUCUACAGAGUUACCUAUUUUUGGUAUAUCAGUACUACUAAUACAAGUGCAACAUUAUUUAAAUAAUGAAAUUUGCACAUGUAUAGUAAAUUCUGGAUAUAAAAAGUUGAGAAGAAUAGCAAUACAUGGCUUUGGUAGCCAUUGGAAAAUUUUCAAGUAUUCAUGUAAUAGAGCAUACUUUUUUUCUAUAUAGUUGAACCUGAUGUGGAUUGGGCUUUGCAAAAUAAAUCAUUCCAGGUUUUUGAAAAGCCUUGUUCAUUGAUAGUACGCAGCUCAAUAUUGUGAUUGCCAGAAGGCUUACAAAUUUAUAGCUGGGUGCAUGGACAGCUAAUAUAAAAGUACUUCUUGAUUGUACUUAUUCCUUUGCUUAUUAGCUUUGUGACUCCAUAUUUGCAUUAUGGAAGUACAAGAGUUCAUAAGUUGCAAACUUGUAAGCCACAUCAGGUUUUUUGAAACUUGAAGAUGCAUGAGAUUUUUAUAUUGCAUAAUGCAUGUUAUAUAUUUUGUUUGUGAUGUGCAUUGUGAUUGUCAUAAUGUGAAUAAAAGGAAGCUUUUGAUACUGAAUAUGCAUUUAUUUAUCCAAUAUCUAACCAAUAAAGAAUUAAAAUUUACAUUUAAAAGUUAAUUGGUUGGCUAAACUUUAUAUACAAGUCUGCACAAGUGUGUAUGAAACAAGUUUUGCUAUUCGCAAAACAAAUAGUAAGUAUGAGGUAUAUUGCUCAUUCUUCAUGCAAAUUUUGACAUCUUAAAUUAGUUCUUUCUUGGUAAUUGCAAGAGUGAGUGAGUGUGAGUGUGUGUCUCAAAAUGCUGUAGAAACAUACGAAGACACUUCAACACCACUUUAGGCUUCUGGUAUUCAAUGUUGAGUUUUUAAUGUCUAAAUUUAAAUUCUUUAUUUCUGAGAAUUUAAAAUGUUUUCAAUAAGUUGUAUUUCAGGAUAAUAUACAUUUUUUAAUGUAACGUUUUUUUUACUAUCUUAUGUGUAUUUUGUUCUUUGCUUUUUGCUACUUUGGCACCCAUUUUUGUCUAAAUUCCUUUUUUAAUUUUUUUAAAUUCACAUAUGAGAAUUUUAUUUUAAUAAAAUAUGCUCAAGGAAGUUAAUUACCAAGGAACUGGACAUUUCUGGAAAUAAGCGCGGCAAAAUAAUCUGUUCCCCUAUAGAGAUAAUAUGGUUUUAGUGUAAUUAAAUUAUUGCUGUUUUUUAGUGGAGUUGCAUUUACGUAAAUUAAAAAUACUGGGACUAGUUACUUGUUUUAAGUGAGAUGUUACUAUAGAGCAGGGGUGGCCAGCUACCAGAGCAGGAGAUCAUGAUCAAGCGAGAGAAGUUUGCAAAAGGCCUCAUGUUUUUGACAUAUUAAACAAACUAUUACAAAAGAUAAAAAACUGAAUAUUAAAAAAUAUUUACGAAC